AUGGCAUUAGCCUUGUGCUUCAUUGGUUCUGAAAUGGCAGCAGCAAACUACUUUGAAAGCAAAUGCUUCCUCUUCUUCUUGCUAGCUUCACUCGUUGUGGACGGCAUUGUUGCUGCUGCUGCUGUACCGAAACAACAGCGACUGGAUCGAAUCUCUUCGCUUCCGGGGCAACCGCCGGUGGCGUUUUCACAGUUCUCGGGCUACGUUACUGUCGACGAGACACACGGCCGGGCUCUCUUUUACUGGCUCAUCGAAGCCACUUCGGUUGCUGAGAAGAAACCUCUGGUGCUUUGGCUAAAUGGAGGACCUGGUUGUUCAUCUGUUGCAUAUGGAGCAUCAGAGGAAAUCGGACCAUUUCGGAUUAAUAAGACUGGUUCAUCCCUUUAUCUUAACAAAUAUUCAUGGAAUACAGAAGCAAACAUUCUGUUCCUGGAAUCACCGUCUGGAGUUGGAUUCUCCUACACAAAUACGAGCUCGGAUCUUAAAGACUCCGGAGACAAUCGAACAGCUCAGGAUGCUCUUAUAUUUCUCAUCAGAUGGAUGUCGAGAUUUCCGGCCUACAAACACCGGGAAUUUUACAUUGCCGGAGAAAGUUACGCAGGGCAUUAUGUUCCCCAGUUAGCCAAGAAAAUCCAUUAUUAUAAUAAAGCUCACUCGAAUCCAAUCAUCAAUCUUAGAGGAUUUAUGGUAGGAAAUGCUGUGACAGAUAAUUACUAUGACAGUAUUGGAACUGUUACAUACUGGUGGAGCCAUUCAAUGAUUUCAGAUAAAACAUACAAAUCCAUCAUGAAAGACUGCAAUUUCACAGAAGAGAAAAGCUCUGCAAGAUGUGAUGACGCUGUAAGUUAUGCCAUUAACCACGAGUUCGGUGACAUCGAUCAGUACAGCAUUUAUACUCCAUCUUGCUUGGCGUUGACGAACGGUUCACGACAGCAUAUGAGGGUCAAAAACGCUCUCUUGCAUCGACGGGUUUCAGGUUAUGAUCCAUGUACAGAGAACUAUGCCGAGAGAUACUACAAUCGGCCGGACGUGCAAAAGGCUAUGCAUGCAAAUACUACGGGAAUUCCUUAUAAAUGGACUGCUUGCAGUGAUGUUCUUAUCAAAAACUGGAAAGAUUCUGAAAAUUCAAUGCUACCAAUAUACAAAGAGCUGAUUGCAGCAGGCCAAAGAAUAUGGGUUUUCAGUGGAGACACAGAUUCAGUUGUACCAGUGACAGCCACCAGGUUUUCCCUUGGCCAUCUCAAUCUGCACAUCAAAACUCCAUGGUAUCCAUGGUACUCUGGCAAUCAGGUUGGAGGAUGGACUGAAGUUUAUGAAGGGCUGACCUUUGCAACAGUCAGAGGAGCCGGCCAUGAAGUUCCAUUGUAUCAACCCAGGCGAGCUUUCAUUAUUUUCAGGUCCUUCUUGAAAGGGGAAAAGUUGCCAAAGUCUAAACGAAUUUCUUUACAGCUAUCAUUUAAUUAGUGUGUGUUAUUCGAGUUUAGGAAUGAUUCAUUAGUUAGGAUUCGUUCGACAAUCUUGAGCGCAAGCUCUUCAUAUGUUCUACAUUUCACCAUGAACAAUGAGAAAAUACUCUCUGCGAUGUUUGGUUUCCUAGAAAAUAGGUAUGGAAAAUGAAAUUGAAAGGCAAUGAAUUCAACUCUAAAUAGAAAUAAUAACUUAUGUAACAUCAAGGAGUUUUAGAA